CUUCCAGUCUCUCCCUUCUCCGGCCUGAGAAGAAGAGGGAAGCUGCAGCUGCAGGGCGUUUGCACGUUGGUUUAGACGGGCGGGCUGGCAGAUUACGUCCUGGGUCUGAAGAUGAGGGCGUCCUGGGGGCUGGCCCCUCUUGUCGCCCUUCUUGUGGGGCUCUCGGCUGGGCCUGUUAGCAUGGUGGAGCACGCCGAAUUCCUCAAAGCCGGGAAGGAGCCCGGACUUCAGAUCUGGAGGAUCGAGAAGUUUGACCUGGUCCCGGUGCCGAGAAACCUUUAUGGGGAUUUCUUUACGGGGGACGCGUAUGUGAUUCUGAACACCAUCCGGCAACGUAGCGGAAACUUGCAGUACGAUCUUCAUUUCUGGCUAGGGGAGCAGUGCAGCCAAGAUGAAAGCGGAGCGGCCGCCAUUUUUACGGUACAGCUGGACGACUACCUCGGCGGGAGGGCCAUCCAGCACCGCGAAGUGCAAGGCCACGAGUCGCCGACUUUCACGGGGUACUUCAAGUCGGGCAUCAAGUACAAAGCUGGCGGUGUGGCAUCCGGCUUCCGGCACGUGGUCCCCAACGAAGUGUCGGUUCAGAGACUCUUCCAGGUGAAAGGCAGGCGAACGGCCCGGGCGCGAGAGGUCCCCGUCAGCUGGGAGAGCUUCAACACCGGCGAUUGUUUCAUCUUGGAUCUGGGCAACUUUAUUCAUCAAUGGUGCGGUUCCCAGGCUAAUAGGUUUGAAAGGCUGAAGGCCACCGAGGUGGCCAAAGGCAUUCGGGAUAAUGAGAGAAGCGGACGCGCAAGGGUCUACGUUGUAGACGAAGGCAGCGAGGGGGAAGAGAUGCUCCAGGUCCUGGGACCCAAGCCCAGCUUGCCUGAAGGCGUGAGUGAUGAUGUCAAAGCUGAUGCAAUCAACCGAAGGCUGGCUAAACUGUACAAGGUAUCCAAUGGGGCAGGAAAUAUGGCGGUUUCUCUGGUGGCCGACGAGAAUCCCUUCUCCCAGGGAGCCUUGAGCUCAGAAGAUUGCUUUAUUCUUGACCAUGGAACUGAUGGCAAGAUCUUUGUCUGGAAAGGGAAAAAUGCCAACGCCGAAGAAAGGAAGGCGGCCCUAAAAACCGCCUCGGAGUUUAUCACCAAGAUGAACUAUCCCCGUCACACACAGAUCCAAGUCCUUCCGGAGAGCGGGGAAACUCCUAUGUUCAAGCAGUUCUUCAAGAACUGGCGCGACAGGGACCAGACCGAAGGCUUUGGGAUCCCCUAUAUCACCGGCCACGUGGCCAAGAUCGAGAAAGUGCCUUUUGAUGCCGCCACGUUGCACGUUACGCCAACCAUGGCCGCCCAGCAUGGCAUGGAAGACGAUGGCACUGGGAACAAACAGAUCUGGAGAGUAGAAGGUUCAACCAAAGUACCCGUAAAUCCUUCAACGUAUGGCCAAUUCUAUGGUGGAGACAGCUAUAUUAUCUUGUAUGAUUACAGACAUGGAAACAAGCAAGGGAAAAUCAUCUAUACCUGGCAAGGUGCGGAUUCUACUCAAGAUGAAAUAGCAGCGUCUGCCUUCCUGACGGUCCAACUGGAUGAGGAGCUAGGAGGCACCCCGGUGCAGAAACGAGUGAUUGAGGGCAAAGAGCCGCCUCACCUCAUGAGCUUGUUUGGCGGGAAGCCUCUGAUUGUGUACAAAGGGGGCACGUCCAGGGAAGGAGGCCAGACAACCCCAGCGCCGACACGCCUGUUCCAGGUUCGAUCCAGCACAUCUGGCGCUACCAGAGCAGUAGAGGUGGACGUGGCUGCUAAACUUCUCAACUCCAACGAUGCCUUUGUGUUGAAGACGCCUUCCACCACCUACCUCUGGGUGGGCCAAGGAGCCAGUGACAGUGAAAAGGCUGGCGCCCGGGAGCUGGUGAAAAUUUUGGGAGCACGUGCCACCGAGAUUGGAGAAGGCAGAGAACCAGACGCUUUCUGGAGCGCUCUUGGUGGAAAGGCUGCCUACCGCACAUCCCCGCGGCUGAAGGACAAGAAGAUGGAUGCGCAUCCCCCUCGCCUCUUUGCCUGCUCCAACAAGAGCGGACGAUUCACCAUUGAAGAGGUGCCUGGAGACCUGACCCAGAGCGACUUGGCCACAGAUGACGUGAUGCUCUUAGACACCUGGGACCAGGUCUUCAUCUGGGUCGGGAAAGACGCCCAAGAGGAGGAGAAGACAGAAGCUCAAACAUCAGCAAGGAGAUACAUCGAGACCGACCCUGCCAACCGUGACCGGAGAACUCCCAUCACCCUGAUCAGACAAGGGUUCGAGCCGCCCACCUUCACCGGCUGGUUCCUGGGCUGGGAAGAUGAUUAUUGGGAUGUCGAUCCUCUAGAGAGGGCCCUGGCGGACUUGGCUGCAUAAAGGAGAAUUGCUUUUUUAUAUGUUUUUUUUUUUUAAGAAACAAGAAAAAAAAACCCGGCUUGUCUUCCUUGCUUCUAAAGAGGCCUUCCCUCAUUGUUCCGGUGGAUGCAAUUGGGGGACUACGGUACUGGUCUCAUUUUAACUCUUUUUUAAAAAAAAGACUAGCUCAAUUCAACUGUACGAUAGCUGGGCAAUAGUUCAGGCCCGACCACACCAUGUAGGCGCUUGAUGACUGCCUUUAAUAAAGCUUAACGUGGAACUUUUAA